AUGUCUCCUGAAAAAUAUAGUGUGACUUUUCAACAACCUGCGUCUUCAUCGACCACGGACAAGCCCCCUGGGGACGUUGAACUUGGCUUGCCCAGAUCCAGCGGAGCACUAGAUGAACUCCCAGCAAUCUCUGCCUAUUCUUCCUUCACAGCCGUCGAUGAAUCUGCGUCAUUAUCAGAAUUCUCGAUAACGGCAAGAGUCAAAGGAUAUCUUCAGGAGCAAAUAGAUACUGGAAACAGUGAUCUAAUUCUCAUUGUUUGUUCGUUUAUCUCGGGGGUAAUCGAUAGCGCAGCGUUCAAUGCAUGGGGGAGUUUUGCCAGUAUGCAAACAGGAAACGUCGUUUUUCUCGCGCUUGGAGUUUCCGGGCAGCCUCCAGAACCACAGCUGCGAUGGGCAAAGUCCCUCAUCGCCAUAGCAACAUUCAUCGCCGCCGUUCUCUUUUUCACAAUUGCGUCGCGACUGCUUGGUCCUCUCCGUCGUUCGACGCUUCUCGCCUCGUUCACACUGCAGACCGCCGCUAUAUUGGCAUCGAGCAUCCUCGUCGAGACGGGUGUAGUCGACUCCCAAAUCGCUGCGUCAAACAAAGGCAUCCACUGGCUUCAAAUGGUGCCCAUUACCCUGCUAGCUUUCCAAGCUGCUGGCCAGAUCGUGACGUCUAGAAUGGUGCAAGUUGAAGAGAUACCUACGGUGGUGCUGACGACCGUGCUUGCGGACCUGCUCAUCGAUCCGCGCUUGGUCACAAAGGUCAAUCCUGUGCGGAAUCGCCGCAUAGCUACUGCGUUGGCACUGUUUAGUGGAGCGAUGCUCUCUGGCGGGUUGACGAAACUUGUGGGGCUAUCUUGUUCGCUAUGGUUAGCAGCGGGGAUUAAAGGAGUGAUAACGAUAUGUUGGGCGUUUUGGAGGCCGAAGGGAGAUGUGGCCCGGCCGCAUGCUUGCUUCUGGAGUUGA